AUGGCCGUCAGCGCCUCGGCGCUCCUGCUGCCGGCUGUACAGGCUGCCCUGUACGACCAGGUGAUCCAGACCGUCAACGGACCGGUCCAGGGUUACCCAGCCUUCAACAGCAGCCCAGCCAACAUGACGCUGACCCACUGGCAGGACGUGACGGUGUGGAAGGGCAUCCCCUUUGGCGCGGACACGGCGUACGAGAACCGCUUCAAGCCGCCUCAGCCCGUGACACCCUGGAACACAACGCUGGACGCAAAGGACUUUGGCGACUCGUGCCUGUCCUCGGGCACCUCGUAUGCCAACAUCAGCGAGAACUGCCUCAACCUCAACGUCUGGAGUGCCGCCAACUCGACCGACGACAAGCUGCCCGUGGUCAUGUGGAGCUAUCCCGCCGGCGGCUCCAAUGCCGACCCCCGUUUCGACGGAGGCGGUAUGGCCGACGCAGGUGUCGUCUUUGUCAACUACAACUACCGUGACGGCGUGACGGGCUGGAUCGUCACCCCUGAGCUCUCCGAGGAGCGAUAUGCCGCCGUCGGCGUCAACUCCUCAGGCAACUGGGCCACGCUGGACCAGUUCGGCGCCCUGCAGUGGAUCCGCGACAACAUCGCCGCCUUUGGAGGCGACCCAGACCACAUUACCGUCAUGGGCCAGUCUGCCGGUUCGGCGGCGACCUACCACAUCCUCAACAGCAGGCUGACUGAGGGCCAGAUCGUGGGCGCCAUCAUCCAGUCCGGCGUCCGUGACCCUCAUGACCCCUCGGCCAGCUCCCUCGCAGAGGGCUACCAGACCCUCGAGGUGACCCAGGAGUACUCGCUCAACUGGAUGGCCUCCGUCAACUGCUCCGACAUCGCCUGCCUCCGCGCCCUCCCAGCCGAGGACCUCGAUGUCGCCGCCCAGCCCGGCACCACAGCCGUCACCUUCAAGGCCACGCUGGACUACUACGCAAUCCCCGACACCUACCUCAACACCCUCAAGUACGGCAUCGCCAACAACGUGCCCGUCCUGACGGGCAACACCAGGGACGAGAGCGGCGCCACCUACGGCCUGGACAUCACCCUCGACGAGUACCUGGCCGACCUCAACGAGACCUACACGGGCGACUUUAUCGACAGGUUCUUCGCCCUCUACUCGGCCAACGACUCGGCCACCGCCUCUGCUGCCGAGAACGCCCAGUACACGGACCGCUCCAAGGUCGGCACCAACUUCUGGGCCUCGCUGUUCGAGUCCAACGAGACCAAGGAGGUCUACACCUACCUCUGGGACCACAUCCCCCCCGGCAACUCGGCCGGCGCCUCGCACAUGAGCGAGAUCCAGUACACCCAGAACAACCUCUACUACAAGCAGUGGGACUGGGAGGCCGCCGACUACGAGAUUGCCGACAUCAUGAACGCCUACUGGGUCAACUUCAUCAAGACGGGCAACCCGAAUGGUGACGGCCUGGCCCAGUGGGAUCCCGUCGUUGGCUCCUCCAACGUCACCCAGGAGCUGGGUGAUGGCUUUGGCCCCAUCCCUAUUGCGAGUGAUGAGCAGAUUGCUCUGUUCUCGGAUUGGUUUGCCUCGCUGACUGCUCUGUAA